CGGGUCGCGAUAAUUGGCGUCGGGCAAGUCGGCGGGGCCGCAGCAUACGCGAUGGUUCUGGGCGAAGUGGCGACCGACCUGCUCCUGGUGGAUAUUGACCUCGAGCUCCGCGAUGCACAGGUUCACGAUCUGUGCGAUGCGGCAUAUUGCUGCGGCAGCAAGACGCGGGUGCGAGCGGCGACGUACAAGGAGGCUGCGGAGUGUGAUAUCAUCGUCGUCACCGCGGGUUCAAAGUGGACAGUCGGAGAAACAAGCAUCAAUUUCAUGUAUCGCAACAUCUCCAUCGUCCGCAACGUGAUGGAUGCACUGAGACCGAUCUCGCCCCGUGCCAUCCUCAUUGUUGUGUCAAAUCCCGUUGACACGCUUACGACCAUUGCGCAGGGAUUGUCUGGGCUUCCCACUUCUCAAGUCAUCGGCUCCGGCACAUUCCUCGACUCGGCAAGGCUUCGUGGCGUUGUAGCGGAUAAAACUGGGGUAGCAGUUGACUCGGUCCAGCUCUCCGUCUUGGGUGUCCACGGGCCUGCUCAGGUGUCGGAGUGGUCCGCUGCCAAGAUAAAUGACAUCCCGCUCGAGAAAGCACUAUCAGAUGGCGGCGCACAGCUCAGCCGUGACUCUGUCCUCAAUCGUGAAGAGCUUGAGUACGAGUGCCAGCGCCAGUCUGAGGCAGUCAUACGAACCAAAGGCUCGGUUCCGUUUGGUGUCGGGGCUGUUGUGCUCCGCCUUUGCGCAACCAUCUUGGCAGACCGAGGAGACAUUUGUACAGUCAGCCACUAUCACCAAGAGUUCGACUGCUACUUCUCGCUCCCGGUAGUGCUGGGGAGGAACGGCAUUCUGCGCAACAUUUACUUACCCUUGAACCAGGACGAACUAGAACGAGUAAGGAAGUCGGCCCAUCAGCUGCGGAAGAUGGUUGUAAGGAUUAAACAGGAAGCGUGAUUGCCUGCAAAGCAGUACGCUCAUGGGCCACAGCGCCUCUUCCAGUGUUUUAUUUCUGUUGUUCGUAAAUGUCAAAUUAUGCUUUCUCUUAUGGGCGUGACAUGUACUUAGUAAUUGUAGUACAGCAUUUUGGAG